AUGGUAGUGACAUGUGGCCUCAACCCUCAUGUAGACUACAUCAGCCCAUUACCCCCCAAAAGGAGAAGGCUACCAGGAAGACCAUCAACAAAAAGUAAAAGGGAUCAGAUUGAGAAGGAAAACCAAGGAAAAAAGCAUUCAAUCACAAAAAGAGGAAGUGUGAUGAAAUGCAGCAUAUGUAGGGAAAGUGGGCAUAAUAGAACAACUUGUCCUCAGAAACCAAUUGGGGAAUCAUCAAAUGCAAGUUCAAAGAAAAAAAAAUCCAAGAAAGUUGGUAAAGUGAAGGUUGCAUUGGCACAUGAAGUUGAUAUUGACAGUGACAGUGAAGUUGAAAUAGAAUCUGAAAGUGAUGUUGACUCUUUUAAUCUUGAAUUUGAAGAUGAUGUGCAACCUGAAGUUGAAGAUGGAGUAGAACCUGAAGUCCAAGAUGGAGUGCAACAUGAAGUUCAAGAUGAAGUGCAAGCUGAAGUUGAACCUAAAAUUCAUCCUGAAGUUCAUGAUGCUAACCAAGUUGAAGUUCACCUUGCAGUUCAAGCUGAAGUUGAACCUGAAAAUUCAUCCUGA